AUGUUGCGAAUACGUCCCCGAAUCCUCAUCACCACGGCGGUGCAGGCUGCAUUCCUCAAGGCGGCCGCCAACAUCACCGUCCAGCUCGCAACUGCCUGGAAGCUGGGGGAUAUGGGCCACAAGGGCAUGGACUGGGGACGUGUUGCCGAGUUCACCUGCUACGGCUUCAUCAGCGCCAGCCUUGGUUUUCCCUGGCAGCAUCUCCUGGAACAUCACUUUCCGACCCAGACGACGACGGCAGGGAAUCCGUCGCUGGCAUCCCGUGCUGUUGCCCCGGCGGCUAGUGGACUUGCACACGAUAGUCACGACCCGGACGAUCCGGAAAAGAGCUCGCUCGCCCGAGCGGCGGCGCUUGAACUACCACCUUCGCCCGGCACGGGCAGUGCCUCGUCGCAGACAAAGAUAAAUUGGCCCAACGUCUGCUACAAGCUGGUGCUGGACCAGACCGUGUGGCUCCUUUUCACGACUUCCAUCUUCCUGGUCAUCACCAACGUUUUCCGUGUCGCGUCAAUGGACGCCCUGUACGAUGUCUGGAAGGAAAAGACGUGGUACAUCAUCAAGGCUGCGUGGCACGUUUGGCCACUGGUAGCAAUUCUCAACUUUGCUUUUGUGCCCGUCGACUUGCGCGUGCUGGUGGCGGCUUGCGUGGGCUUUGCGUGGAACAUAUUCUUGAGCUUCAUCUCAUUGACGAAACCGAAGUGA